UCAGAUGUAACCCAUGUGCCAAUCAUCACUCUGCAAGAGCAUUUUUUAUAUCGACGCACCAAAACCUCAAAGCGCCGCCUGGAACAAGACAAGCCAACUUCUCUCCUUUCUUCUCUUAUCUUCUUCUUCUCCACAUAAAACCCUAGCCAAGAUGAAUGUUGAGAGGCUAAUGAAGAUGGCUGGUGCAGUUCGCACCGGGGGGAAGGGUAGCAUGAGAAGAAAGAAGAAAGCUGUCCAUAAGACAACCACCACCGAUGACAAAAGACUUCAGAGCACCCUGAAGCGAAUAGGAGUUAAUGCUAUACCUGCGAUUGAGGAAGUUAACAUUUUCAAGGAUGAUGUAGUUAUUCAGUUCAUAAACCCCAAAGUUCAAGCUUCCAUUGCUGCCAAUACAUGGGUUGUUAGUGGCUCUCCACAAACCAAGAAGUUGCAGGAUAUUCUCCCUGGAAUCAUUAACCAAUUGGGACCAGAUAACUUAGACAACUUAAGGAAACUGGCUGAGCAGUUCCAGAAGCAAGCGCCUGCUGCUGGAGCUGGUGCUGCCAACAAUCAAGAGGAAGACGAUGAUGAGGUCCCAGAGCUUGUGGCUGGCGAGACCUUUGAAGCCGCUGCAGAGGAGAAAACUGCUGCCUCUUAGAGAGUUUUUUUAGUCGGACUUUGUGUUAUUCUAUAUAUUUUCUGUGGUUUUUUUUUUCGGUUCUUCCAGUUUUAACUUAGUGAUGUUUAAUCAGAUGCUUCUUGUGAGACUGGAUAAUUGUUACUUCAAUUUAAUGUUUUGGUCCAAAGACAGGCCACUCAGACUGAGAUUUACUA